AUGGUAUCACCACGCCCUCCGCCACCUGCGUCCAGCGAGGGCGAGCUCACGAGGAGCUCCCCGUCGGGGAAGACUGACCGCAGAGCCAGUGGUCCCUUGACUCCUCUCGUUGAGAAUGCCCGUACUACCCUCCAGACCUCCGACGAGCCCUCAAACAGCAGCACGAAGCGCCCAGAUGACAGCGACCUGGGAACUGUAUCCAGCGUUCCCCGAGGGCCUGCGAGGUCGCCAGGGCCAACACAGAGGACCGCCGAUUGGAGAUGGUUGGACGCAAACCCAGCAGCUGAUGGAUCUGGUAACAACGAGAACGGGCAUGAACAACCAGCGUUGAACGGAGAUCGGAAACGCGGUGCGUAUCCGGCCGCGUACGACCGGGCCUUUGGUCUGAUUUUUGAGCAUUCCGAGGGCCAGGUUGGGGCGGACAAUGCCCCGUCACAUCGGACGUCGCUCGUGGAUGUCCUGGAAGGACCUGAGGUCGCGGCCUCCUUACACCAGUGGUCCAGGGACGAUUCACCACACAGGAACCAGGAUGGGGACCGCGAGCAGGUGCUGAAGCUGUCGCCAGAAAAGAUCCAGGAGCUUACGUCGUCGCCACAGUCGAUUCCGUACCGGGCUGCGCCUGAGACUGGUCAGACUCGACGGGUUGUCUCGGAUGGUGCGAACGCGCUACAAUACCAGGAGAGUGCAGAUGACUCGCCACUGUUGUCGAAUGACAUGAAGCCUCCGCUGGAACAUAUGCCGAAACGUCGCCCAAGCAGGGAGCCGCUCGAUGCUCUUCCGGGUAUCAAGCACGCGUCGUCCACCCGGAGUCGCCCUCAAAGCGCGCGGACGGUUUCGACACCGACUUCGUCGCGCCGACAAACUUUAGCCGGCACGAACGAACGACUUGCCCAGACAUGGGCGUCACGGUCCAAACAGGACCGCUUGGCCGUGGGUCGGGAAUCAGAGCCCAAGCAUCUCAGUCCGUCGCCGCACCUCAGCGAGCCCGCGCUCCCGUCUCCCAUGCCGCCGUCGAUCCCUCUGCCCCCUUUGUCGGUGCCAACCUACUUGCAGCUGGAACUUGCAUCUGGUCGACCCUCACCAUUGUAUAUUCACCGUUCCGUCAUGACGGAUUUCCCAUAUGAGUCGUCUCGCGUGAAGUUGGAGCGGCUGAUGAACUUCUUGAUGCUGCCACCUGCCAUAGAGCAGGUGCUCUGGUUUGGUAUUUUGGCUUGUUUGGACUCGUGGCUGUACUCUUUCACAAUUCUCCCGUUGCGAUUUGUCAAGGCGCUGUACAUUCUGCUCGAGUCUUGGAUGGUGAAUCUUGGCGUUGAGUUUCGGUUCGUCUCCGGGUUCAUCAUCAAGGGCAUUGGAAGAGUAUGGCGCAGGUUCCGGUCCGUGGAAUCGUCUCACGAUCAACCAAGGAAUGGCGAGCGAGAAGGGCGGUCUCGAGCGCCGUCCGGAAGGCAAGAUUCGGCGCCAGUGGAGCGCGAGAUCAAGAACAGAGCUGUCGAACCGCGCAAGAGGCACCGCUCUGACACGCAUUACAAACGCCAGCAUCGCAGACAAAAAUCCAUUCCCUCGGCGCUACUCCCCGAUGACAAGGCCGACAUUCUCAAGGGCCUACUCAUGAUUGCGACGUGUUGCGUUCUGAUGUAUUUUGACGCCAGUCGGAUGUACCAUUGGAUUCGAGGCCAGGCUGCGAUCAAGCUGUACGUGAUCUACAACGUACUCGAGGUCAGCGAUCGGCUGUUCGCGGCCAUCGGACAGGAUGUCUUGGAAUGUCUGUUUUCCCGCGAAGCCCUGGAACGUCGCCCUGAUGGCCGGAGCAAGGUUUUCAGACCGUUUGGACUCUUCCUCCUUGCAUUGGCAUAUACCGUGAUCCAUGCGACUGCGCUGUUCUUCCAAGUCAUGACGUUGAAUGUGGCGGUCAACUCCUAUUCCAACGCCCUGAUUACGCUGCUCCUCUCGAACCAGUUUGUCGAAAUCAAAUCCACGGUAUUCAAGAAGUUCGAGAAAGAGAACCUCUUCCAGCUGACAUGCGCCGAUGUCGUGGAACGGUUCCAGCUCUGGUUGAUGCUGACGAUCAUUGCCUCGCGCAAUAUCGUAGAGACCGGCGCUUUCAGCUUCUUUGGUCGGCUGGGGACCAGCUUCAGCAGUAACCCUUCUACCAGCACGAAUAGCACGCCGUUGUCAACGCCUCCGCGAACAGCCUCGUCGAUCCUACCGCAGUCCUUCACCAUCGUCCCGUCAUCCAUCAUUGCGUCCAUCAGCAACGUGAACUCCUUCUUACCGACUCUCGCCCAGGUUCUUGGCCCCUUCCUCGUGGUAUUAGGGUCGGAGAUGCUGGUGGACUGGCUGAAGCAUGCAUACAUCGGCAAAUUCAACAACACUCGCCCGGCCAUCUACGGCCGAUUCCUAGACAUCCUGGCGAAGGACUACUACACCAACGCGUUCGGUGACCAAAACCUCACCCGCCGGCUCGGUCUCCCAGUCAUCCCGCUAUCCUGUCUGUUCUUCCGCGUCUCCGUACAGACCUACCAGAUGUUUCUGGCUGCGCUGCUGCCCCACCAACCAUCGUCGACAGCGGUGGAGUCUACCUCUCUCUCCUCCAUCCACAGCCACUAUGUCCCCUCUCCGCUGCCGUCCCCAACGCCGCUCAGCCUGCGCACGAUCGUCCCGGUGUCGAUAGCGCACGCCGACGCGUUCUUCCGCCAGCUCCUCGCCAACGCGAUGCCGUCGCCCGCGCAAUCAGUAUACAUCUUCACCGUUGUGCUCCUCCUGACCGGCUUCGUGCUCUUGCUAAUCUUCAAACUGUUGCUGGGGAUGCUCCUGUUGACGUUUGCCCGAUCUCGAUACAAGGGCAUGAAGGGCCGUGAGGGGAGCCACCCCUCUGCUGCGACGGACAGCAGCAACCACGCGCCGGCAGCGGCGCCAGCCCGCGAGUUUUCCGUCGACGGCAGUCGUCGCGUAGGCGGAUGGGGCGUGGUGGAAGUCAACGACGACCAGCGCCGGUGGAUCUACGUGGACGACCCGGACGGACUGCGGCGGCUGAAGACGAAAGAGGAGAAAGACCGCAAUGCUAAGGAGGAGUUGAAUCUGGACCAUGUGCAGCGGUACGAGAUGGUUGCUAAGCGGAUUUGGUGA